AUGGGCCCCUGUACCGCCUCCUCAUGCUGCUGCCAGGCCCGUAAUCUGCCAUGGGCCCCUAGUACCGCCUCCUCAUGCUGCUGCCAGGUCCAGAGUCUCUCAUGGGUCCCUGUACGGCCUCCCAUUGCUGCUGUCUCCAUCGCCACACUCUGCCAUGUGCCACUUUCAGGUCUCCUCACACUGCUGGUGUGUUCCAUUUUUUGUCAUAGGGUGCUGGCAGAUUACGGGCCUCCCAUUGCUGCUGCCAGGCCCGUAAUCUGCCAUGGCCCCCGUACCGCCUCCCCGUAAUCUGCCAUGGGCCCCUGUACCGCCUUCCUCAUGCUGCUGCCCCAGGUCCAGAGUGUCUCUCAUGGGUCCCUGUACGGCCUCCCAUUGCUGCUGUUCUCCAUCGCCACACUUGCUGCCAUGUGCCACUUUCAGGUUCCUCA